AUGGUAAAUUUUGAUGCAAACUGGUCUAUCAGCAAAUGUUAUCGCGUUAUUCGACCCCUGGAAAGUCAAAUUUCAAAAUACAAUGAUUUGGCUAGAACGUAUCCGGCAUUAAUAGAGUUCCCAUGCCAUGAUUGUAAACAAAAUUCAAUUUAUCAAAAAGGAUCAAUAAGACCAUCUCGAGCUACAACUCGCAAAAUUUUCAUUAAUUCUGGUGCAAAUUACAGGGCUGAGUCUGACACCAAAAGUACCGACAAUACCAAUGAAUCUGAGUGCAAAAAUGAAAUAGAUUUUGAACGGGUUUUCUGGUAUUAUAAGUCAUUUGGUAGUGAGGAAGCUUACAAUUGUCUAUUGUCUGUUUUUAAUGUUUUCAUUCAAUUUAUGGAUAUUACAUACCAGGGCCCAUUAAAGUCUCUUGCUCAAAAAGCAGCCUUUCAAGUUGGACAGUGCAUUGCCAUGACAAAUCAAGAAAUUGCUCAAAAUAAAUGGUAUGAGAGUAUGGAAAUGAUUUUACAUUAUCAUAGGAUAGUGUGCUUGGGUCACGGUGUUGGUCUUAUUUUAAAAAAUGCUUUUGCUUUGCGGCAUGUACUUCCAGCUUUUAUUCACGAGUGCUACAUACGCGGAUGGCAUGAUAUAAGUCAUGCAAUAUUUGAAAAUUAUAUUUCAAUUUUACCAAAAGAUGAAUACUGGGAAAAGGGAGGGGUUUUGUUUAACAUUGGUGCAAAUUGUGACCCAGCGAUGAAAAAUUUUGCAUUUCAAUUCAUACCAAAACAUUUCAAUCAUAAGGAAACUAAAGACUUAUCAGCAUUUACUAAAUUUAUUGACUCUUUUAAAAUAACUAAUGCUGAAUACCUCGACACUUUUGAAAAUUACCUAUUAUAUGUUAUUGACGGAUUUUGGACACUUACCAAUGUCAAGUCUCGUAAAGCAAGACUUAGUGCAUCAGACUACAAACACAUUAUUACCGAACUUAUAAGGCGUCGAUUUUCUUUGUGCCAAAGUUCAAAUUUUCUUCCUAAUUUACGUUUCAUUAAGCUUCUCUCAAAAUAUAUACCUACAUCGAAACCAUUUAACAAUCUCCGACUUCUUUUAUACAUGUACUUGAAUUAUGUCGAAAAUUCGCCGACUAAGAAUUGCAAUAAAAUUCCAAACAUUAUUUUUGAUGACGACUUUGUUUCUCUUUAUUGCUUAUUUUUUCGAAAUUUUAAUGAUUUUCGGAAAGUAUCAGAUUCGAUGUUGUGUCAUUUUCCUGAUCUUGUUUUAAAAGCGUCAUCACAUUAUAUUUCCAACAUAGAACGUGGUAUUCAAGUGAUUAAUUGGCAGGACUCAAUCGAAUCAAAAAUUUCGCAGUCAGUUUCAAAAAGACACAAUUCCGGCAUGUGCUCAUCGUCUUUUUCAAAUAUUAGAGUGCUUAAAGAGAUUGCAAGUAAAGAUAAAGUUUUUAGAGAGAAUGUGAUACUCAAUGAUAUUCCUGUCGAUUUAUUUUCUUCUAAAUUUGAAUUGAUCAAUAAGAAAUAUACUACACUUCUGGAUACCGAUUUAACGACUUGGGCAUGUGAUAUUCCAGAGAUCUCACAUACUUCAACAAAAUAUCAAACUCUUAAUACACAUGGGCGAAGAAGAGUUCCAGUGAUUUAUCCUGAUUCUGAAACUAGUGAUGAAGAAAAUGAUCUGAGUCAUGAAUUAGAACCCAUAAGUAAUGGUUUGGAUUCAUUUAAUGACAGUGAUGAAACUGAUACUGAAAGUAACAGAAAUUUUACCGAUUCGAGCUUUACAGAUACAGACUCAUCUAUAUUAACGGAUCAGAACUGUUCAUUUAAAGUUCUAAAAAAGACUAAAAAAGCGAAAAGCACUAAACCCAAUUGCAAAAGAUUAUUUCCAGAUGUGAUAUCUUUGGUUGACGGUAUGGACCCUGACGACAUAUUUUUUGAACUUUAUGCUACGCAUAUUAAAGGAUCAUCAUUAUCAUGCCCGCAUUCUAUUGAACAUGACAUUGAUUUGCCUAUUUCAUGUCGAAAGAAAAGGAGAAUAGGAGUUAGUAAAUACUCAAAAAAUGCUUUUAUUCCAAAAAAUGAUGAUGUUGAUGAUAUUUUAAUAAUUAGAUAG